AUGAAAACCUUUAGCCUUUUCGCAUCAAUUCUCAAAGUCGCCCUCGCUCAGGAUAAAUUUGCAACAGAUCUGGAAAACCUCAACUCAAUGGCAAACCAGCUUUCCCUCGUCAAAGGCAGUCAAGUCUCCCAAGACAUCGAUGUCAGCGCAGACACGCUCUUCAACACCGCAAUCGGAAUGUACUCCGCAAUCGACAGCGGCUCCGCUCCAGUCAGCAAGGCCGACGUCUCAGCUGCUCUUUUCGCUGGCAAGACUGUCCUCCAAGCCGCGUUCUUCGAGCUCUACGGCGGCAGCAUCAGUGAAGUCAACGACAAUGACUCCCUCUCCGCCCGUGGCAAAAAGAACAAAGUCAAAGGAGAGGAGAAAUUCAUCAACUACGGCUGCUACUGCUCGCCCAGCCAAAUCGGUCAACCAGACUCGAACUGGCUCGGUGUUGGAAUCCCAGUUGACGGAAUUGAUCAUCUCUGCCAUGAUCUUCACAAAAGCUACAACUGUUUGAAAGUUGACCACGGCAAAGAAUGCGCUUCCACAACACCUUACAACUGGGAAUUGCAAGACGAUGUUCCUGUUUGUGUCGACGAAGAAGGCACCUGCGCCGGUGAUGUCUGCAGACUGGAUAUGCUAUUCGCUCGAAGCUUGCUUUCCGCGGCAGAUCAAUGGAGUGCCAAAUUUCACAUCCUAAACGGCUUCGACCGCGAAGCCGAGUGCGGCAACCCCGCCAACGAACCCGAUCUCCCACCGGUCGCCAAUCUCGCCACUGACUCCGGUAAAUCAUCAUCGAGCGUUGGCGGAUCGAGCUCCGGAAAUUCAUCCUCCGGCCCACAGUGUUGCGGCUUUGGACUAAACCGACACAUCUUCCACGCCGCCACGCACCAGUGCUGCGAAGACGGGACAAGCAAACUCGUCGGAGAAUGCUAA